UUGCCUUUCUAUCAGCUCGAACCAGUCUGGCCAUUCUCCUCUGAGCUCUGCCAUCAACAAGGCAUUUUGUGGUUCUUAAAGGCUGCAAAGAUGCCAAAGAAAUGGACCACAUCUUCACAGAUUUUAAUGAGAAUGGCCUGGUGAUUUGGUCUUUUUAUAAACCCCUGGAACCACAAUAGCAAUUGUCUUGGAUUGUUAUUAAGGAGAAAUAGACUGACAAAAUUCGGGCUAAUUAGCAUGGCUCCAUGACUUUGACUUUGCAUAUCUCCAUUACUGUUGGCCAUAGAAAAAUGCUUCUUGUAUCAUGUUAAUUGUAUUCACUCUUGCUGAGACCCAUUCAGCCACCACUAGCACAUUUUGGUGGUUCCUCAAUAGUGUAUCAGGGAGAUAUGGGAAUGUGUACGAUGAGGAUGAGGAUGCAGAAAGUUCAGUCUCAAUUUUCCAGUGCUGGGCAUUAUGUCUCCAACAUCGCCUAGCCACCCAUUAUUAGUGCUUCCCUUUACGGUACCACUAUUGUUUUUCUCCUCAAGUUUGCACAACUUUUCUUGAGGUGGUACAAGCCAGGGACUUAAAACUUGAUAGCAAGGUUCAUAAUUAUGGAGGCUACCCACGUAUGUAAUAUUUCCUAAAUAACCCACAUGGUGGCACUAUAAUGUUAAAUUUUUUUAACUCUCACACUCUUGAGCCGAUGAGCUUUUCCUGCAUUUUUAUGUCACAACAAAAAUUUGAGAAGUUCAAUUCUAUGUUCACAAAUAUAAUGACCAUUGUGCUGAAAAGAAAACCCAAACACAUUUGGGUAAAUCGGUACAAUAGACAUCCCCUGCGCUGCUGUAACACUAAUAUUAACAUUUUAUAGUAGAUGCACGUUCAUGUGUAGUAUACAUAAUUUCAGAGCCUCAUUCAAUACUGUUCCACAUCAGGCAGACUAUAGCCAAUAGCCUAAUCUCUCUUCACUAUAAAAAUAUCCAGAAUGAUGUGCUAUGCAUGAUGUGUCCAACCUCAUAAUGAUGACAAUGUACGAUAACAUUGAAAAUUAUGGGACUUGAACCACCCAAUCACCGCUACCAACAUAACCUCUUGAUGCUUCCAAAGUCGAGUGAUUCCUGAAGUGCGCACACAUUAAGGAGGACUUAUCAAGAAGGUAAUUUUGAUUGUGCCUGGCUAUGUCUGUUAGCACUGAUCAUUAACUACUGGUAAACAACACUGUAAGCAAUUAGUGAUGUGAUACCACUUCAGAUAAGUAAUGACUAAAAAUACCCAAGACCCAUGUUGAUGACAUUAUAACAUAGUAAACUUUGUUGAAAAUUUUAUCUAUUUUGAAAAGCAGGUUUUUUAGUAUAUGAACUUUCAAGAUAUUAAUCACUAUGGCUGUGUUACAUUUAAUUUUGUGGUGAACAUAGUAUGUAAAAGAUAGAGAUGGGAAAUACCUUUAAAAUGAUACAGGAACCAUUUCUGUAUGACUAUGACCUAUAGUAAUGUAGAUACAGCGAGUGAAAAUCAUUGAGUUGUCCUAAUAUUUUUGUCCCAUAUUUCCCAGAAUAACAAUCCAAUACAAGUGUAAUAUCGGUUCUAGGUGUUUCUUAUAAGACCAUAUCAGCAUGCCUUCUCAUUAAAAUCUGUGGUGAUGUGGUCCACAAAUGUUGUUGAAUUUACCCAUUUCCAUUUCCAUGAAUUGCAACUGUUUGCCACAUGAAUACUGAUUUUAUAUGCAUCAGUUUUAAUCUCUUUCUGAAGUAUGUUAAUGUAAAUUAAUGCUCUUUGCGUCUUUGACGGUUAUUUACAGGUGUAUCUAAUAACACGAUUGCUAACUGUAUAAUGAUGUGCUGUAAUGUACUAAGUAAAUGCAAAACAAAAAAAUUGAAUACAUUUGAGAGAACAUAUUUACACUGCAGAUUCAUUGUUCAGUUUUUUUAUUGCAAUUAUUUAAUUUUUUGGUCAGACAUGCAUUCUCAUAUUUCUAGUGUGGCUUAUCUAUCUUUCUGUCCAGUGUAUUUCUGCUGCUCUGAGUAAUUUAUGAUUGCAUUGCUUGUCUGUGAAAUGUGUUGUUCAAAUGCAUUGUUUUUAACAUUCACGUUUUUGCUGUAUUUAUGUUAAAAGGCGUUUAACUGCUUAUUGGAAUGAUGUAGAGCUGCAUCGUGUUUAACUCCAAGUAUCUCUUAUUGUGUUGUUUUUAUGCUUUAUGUUGUGAAUUUUAUUUUGCAUGCUUAACUUGGCUUUUUCUGGAUUAUGCUUUUGCAACAGCUUGCACAACUACAAAAAGAAAAGUCAGAAAUCCUAAAGAAUCUAGCUCUAUAUUACUUCACGUUUGUUGACGUUAUGGAAUUCAAGGAUCACGUUUGUGAGCUUCUCAACACUAUUGACGUUUGCCAAGUUUUCUUUGACAUUACGGUAAAUUUCGAUCUAACCCGGAACUACCUUGAUUUAGUUGUAACCUACACUACUCUAAUGAUGCUGCUGUCACGGAUUGAAGAGCGAAAAGCAAUUAUAGGACUCUAUAACUACGCCCAUGAAAUGACACAUGGCUCAAGUGACAGAGAAUACCCCAGGCUUGGGCAGAUGAUUGUGGACUAUGAGAAUCCUCUGAAAAAGAUGAUGGAGGAAUUUGUUCCCCAUGGAAAGUCGCUGUCGGACGCCCUCAUCUCCCUCCAGAUGGUGUACCCUCGACGGAACCUGUCGGCGGACCAGUGGAGGAAUGCCCAGCUUCUAAGCCUGAUCAGUGCACCCAGCACUAUGCUGAAUCCUGCCCAGUCUGACACGAUGCCCUGUGAAUACCUGUCCCUGGACACUAUGGAGAAAUGGAUAGUGUUUGGGUUCAUCCUGUGCCACGCGGUUCUGAACAGUGACCCAGCCGCCCUCAGCCUGUGGAAGCUGGCCCUCCAGAGCAGCUCCUGCCUGUGCCUCUUCCGAGAUGAGGUGUUCCACCUGCACAAGGCCGCUGAGGACCUGUUCGUCAACAUACGAGGCUACAACAAGCGGAUUAAUGACAUCAGAGAAUGCAAAGAAGCCGCAUUAUCACAUGCGGGCUCCAUGCACAGAGAACGCCGUAAGUUCCUUCGGUCGGCAUUGAAAGAGUUGGCCACAGUUCUUGCUGACCAGCCUGGACUGCUUGGGCCAAAGGCCCUGUUUGUGUUCAUGGCCCUGUCCUUUGCUCGGGACGAGAUCAUCUGGCUGCUGAGGCAUGCCGACAACAUCCAGAAAAAGAGCACUGACGACUUCAUAGACAAGCACAUUGCAGAGCUCAUCUUCUACAUGGAGGAGCUGAGGGCCCAUGUGCGCAAGUACGGUCCUGUCAUGCAGCGCUACUACGUGCAGUACCUGUCCGGGUUUGAUGCGGUGGUGCUGAACGAGCUUGUGCAGAACCUGUCCGUCUGUCCGGAGGACGAGUCCAUCAUCAUGUCCUCAUUUGUCAACACCAUGACCUCUCUCAGCGUAAAACAAGUGGAAGACGGGGACGUGUUUGAUUUCAGAGGGAUGCGGCUGGACUGGUUCAGAUUACAGGCCUACACCAGCGUGUCCAAGGCCUCCCUGGGAAUUGCGGACCACAGAGAGCUGGGGAAGAUGAUGAACACUAUCAUUUUUCACACAAAAAUGGUUGACUCCCUGGUGGAAAUGCUUGUGGAAACCUCAGAUCUUUCCAUAUUCUGCUUUUACAGCCGUGCAUUCGAGAAGAUGUUUCAGCAGUGCCUGGAACUACCGUCCCAGUCACGCUACUCCAUCUCCUUCCCCCUGCUCUGCACACACUUCAUGAGCUGCACCCACGAGCUCUGUCCAGAGGAGCGACACCACAUCGGUGACCGCAGCCUCUCCCUGUGCAACAUGUUCCUGGACGAAAUGGCGAAGCAGGCACGCAACCUCAUCACAGACAUCUGCACUGAGCAGUGCACUCUGAGCGACCAGCUACUGCCAAAACACUGCGCCAAAACCAUCAGUCAGGCGGUGAACAAGAAGUCGAAAAAACAGACAGGGAAGAAAGGCGAACCGGAGCGCGAGAAGCCGGGGGUGGAGAGCAUGAGGAAGAACCGGCUUCUGGUUACCAACUUGGACAAGCUGCACACAGCGCUGUCGGAGCUGUGCUUCUCAAUCAACUAUGUGCCCAACAUGGUGGUCUGGGAGCAUACCUUCACUCCAAGGGAGUACCUGACAUCUCAUCUGGAGAUCCGCUUCACCAAGUCGAUCGUUGGGAUGACCAUGUACAACCAGGCCACCCAGGAGAUUGCCAAGCCCUCUGAGCUCCUAACCAGUGUGCGGGCAUACAUGACUGUCCUCCAGUCCAUCGAAAACUAUGUCCAGAUCGACAUCACAAGGGUGUUCAACAACGUGCUCCUGCAGCAGACCCAGCACCUGGACAGUCAUGGAGAGCCCACCAUUACUAGCCUGUAUACCAACUGGUACCUGGAAACCUUACUGCGGCAGGUAAGCAAUGGGCACAUUGCUUACUUCCCGGCCAUGAAGGCAUUUGUCAACCUCCCCACUGAGAACGAGCUGACCUUUAAUGCAGAGGAGUACUCCGAUAUAUCUGAGAUGAGGUCUCUGUCCGAGCUACUGGGGCCCUAUGGUAUGAAGUUCCUCAGCGAGAGCCUCAUGUGGCACAUCUCCUCCCAAGUGGCUGAGCUCAAGAAACUGGUGGUGGAAAACGUGGAGGUUCUGACCCAGAUGAGGACCAGCUUUGACAAACCAGACCAGAUGGCAGCACUGUUCAAGAAACUCUCGUCGGUUGACAGUGUGCUGAAACGGAUGACCAUCAUUGGGGUCAUUCUCUCAUUCCGAUCACUGGCCCAGGAGGCGCUCAGAGAUGUGCUGUCCUGUCACAUUCCAUUCCUCGUGAGCUCUGUGGAGGAUUUUAAGGACCACAUUCCCAGAGAAACAGACAUGAAGGUGGCGAUGAACGUGUACGAACUGUCCUCAGCUGCAGGGCUGCCCUGCGAGAUCGACCCCGCCUUGGUGGUGGCCCUGUCCUCGCAGAAGUCCGAGAACAUCAGUCCCGAGGAGGAGUAUAAGAUCGCCUGCCUACUGAUGGUGUUUGUGGCCGUUUCCAUGCCGACCUUGGCAAGCAACGUUAUGUCACAGUACAGCCCAGCGAUCGAAGGGCACUGCAACAACAUUCAUUGUCUGGCAAAAGCUAUAAACCAGAUAGCUGCUGCCCUGUUUACCAUUCACAAGGGAAGCAUUGAAGAUCGGCUGAAAGAAUUUCUGGCUCUUGCUUCAUCCAGCUUACUGAAGAUUGGCCAAGAGACAGAUAAAACAACAACGCGGAACAGAGAAUCUGUUUAUUUGCUCCUUGACAUGAUUGUGCAAGAAUCCCCAUUUCUCACCAUGGACCUGCUGGAGUCUUGCUUCCCCUACGUCCUGCUGAGAAACGCCUACCAUGCCGUCUACAAGCAGAGUGUCACUUCUUCUGCGUAAACGUUGCUUACCUGGGGCCAAGGUGCAUAUAGUCAAGAAAAAGGUUUCUUGGCAACACAGACCACCAUAGGUUUGUUUUACAUUACAGUCUUAAAACAACCGAAAUGAUUUUUUGUUCUGGGAUCAGACCUUUUUUUCAUAUUUUCAGUUGUAUUAAUGACCAGUUGUUUCCUAUAACAGUUAUAGUAACAUACAAGCUCGGUUGAUGAUAAUUACACUACUAAAUUGAAUUUUUGAAAAAGCAUCUCUGUGUUUCAAUACUAAAAAAAAAAAAAAAAAAUACAUGAAAAAAAAUCAAAAACACUCUGGGGGGGGGGAGGGUGAGUUUUAAACAUCUACAAUCAUGCAGAGUAUUUUGCUUGUUUAUUGUCAAAUGUUUCAAUGAUACUCGGUGAUUCUUUUUAGAAUGUCGUUCUAGAUUUCAUCUGUGAUUUAUGUGCAUUUUUUGUGGACUUGCAUCAUUUUGUUUUACACUUACGUUUUCUGAAAUAUUUGCCAAAUUAUUUACACUACAGCAUCUCAUUUGGUUUGGAACUGAGACAAAUUGUUGGUAAGUGCAUAAAAUUAUAGACAGCGGAUGGUGUUUGUACAAAGCAUAGUAUAAUUUUUUUAACUAACUAUCAUGAUGCCGUGUUGGCAUUAACAUGCCCAUUGUACCUGUCUGUAUGGUAUGAUAAACAUUCUUACAUAUUUAUUGAAUGUUUAUAAAUUGUUCUCCCUUGACCACGUUUUGUAUGUUUUCAAUUUUUGGAAAUUCCAGUGUAACUUCCAUAACAUAAAUAAACAUUAGUUAUAUCCAC